AUGACGUGGAUUUACAAAAUAAAGCGGGACGCUCUGGGAAAUGUGGAGCGGUACAAGUCCCGGUUGUUGCCGAAAGAGUACCUGCAAAAGCAGGGAAUCGACUUCGAGGAAGUCUUCGCCCUGGUGAGCAAGCACACCACAUUGCGUGCAUUAUUGGUGGUGGUCGCGGAGCGCGACUUCGAGCUGCACCAGCUAGACGUCAAGACGGCAAUCCUCAAUGGGGAGCUGAAGGAGGAGAUCCACAUGCAGCAGCCACAAGGUUACAAGCAAGGCGGGCCAACAUGUAAGUGCGUGGGGAGCCUGUUGCACAUGAGUGUGUGCACUCGGCCCGACAUUGCACAAGCAUUGGGCGCGCUUGCGCGCCAUAUGGCGGGGCUGACGGAGGAGCAUUGGCGGGCGGCGCUUCGAGUUGUGCGCUACCUAGCGGGUAUAUCGAAUGACGGGGUAACCUUUCGGGGGAGCGGAGAGACUCUGAUCGCUUAUUGCAACGCGAUUACGCGGGUGACGUGGACACGAAGCGGUCCACAACGGGAUACGCUUCCGGAUAUAUGGGGGGGCGGUGAGCUGGUCGAGCAGGCUGCAGCCAACGGUGGCGGCCUCGAGGCGGAAAACAUGAGAGCAGCGAAAGCGGUGAAGGAGGCGUUGUGGUUCUGCAAGCUUGGGGAAGAUCUUGAGUUGGACCUCGGGACGGUCCAGAUCUACUGCGACUACCAAGGGGCAAUACGGCUCCUCAAGCACCCAAUUGCUUCAUACCGGUCGAAGCACUUUGACGAAAUUCAUCACUUUGCAUGGGAGCGUGUGGCACGCAAGAAGGUCGCGUUCGCGUAUUGCAAAACGGAGGACGUGAAGGCGGACAUCAUGACCAAGGCGUUGGCACCAGGGAAUUUCAAGAUGUGCAUAUAG